UUACUAUUGAAGAGGCGGGUUCUGCCUAUCUUCAUACUGUACUGUCUUUGGCGAAGUGCUUCAUUCUGACGUUUGGCGUUUCCUAUUGAGAUAGAACACACCUCUUCCUGUCGGUGUCAGAGUAGUAACUUCACCAUAUUAGUUGGUCAGAGCCCCACAGAGUUGAGCACAGGCAACCGGGCUGAAAAUCUUGGUCAUAUCGGCGAAUGCAACCGGAGGUUGACAGCCUAGAAACAGCGAGACUGGCCGCUGUUGGAAAGUGACAUCAGUGGGGAAACCAAGGCUGCACAUCAAAACGGGUGCAAGCUGCCUAUCGUUAGCAGACUUUGAGUGAUAAGUAGCUGUCCAUUGUCGGAUGAGAAUUCUAACUAGUAGUCGUAUGUAGCUAGAUGGAUAGCUAGCUAAUUAUCGCCCAGCCUUAAACUCGAUUUCUGCUGGACGUAAAACCGAAUUUAUCAGAUUUUUAUAAAACAAACUGGUAAGAAACUAAAGAGCCCAGUGAAUCUGCAAUUAUGAUAUCUUGACAAGUGACAGUUCGCUGUGUUUCUCUCAAUCCAUUUGCUAAUCUAGCAUCUAGCUAGUUGCUAGCUAGUUUAUCAGCGUMGUUAAGGCUCGAGYAAGUAUCGCCGUGGCAGUGAAAUCUGAUUGGAUACCUUGAUCGUGUGAACGRCUUGAAGACCCUUGUCCAAAGGGACUGGAACAGGGGCUCGUUUGACAGUGAGCGGAGAGGAGAACUCAGGGGAACCCGUAACUACUCGGCUGCAUCGCCYGUGAGGCGUUGAACUGCCGAUAAACCAGAUUGAACCAAGCAAGAGUUCCUGACAUUUGACAUCUGUGAUCCGGGGAGUAAACCGGGCAGGGACCUCAUGAAUGGAAAUCGGAACUACAGGAGCCAUUGGAGCCCAGCCCCUGUUCACUGUGCCGCGGCGGCCUGGCUAUGGCACCAUGGGAAAGCCCAUCAAGCUGCUGGCCAACUGCUUCCAGGUGGAUAUCCCAAAGAUAGACGUCUACCUCUAUGAGGUGGACAUCAAGCCCGAGAAGUGCCCGCGCCGCGUCAACAGGGAGGUGGUGGACUCCAUGGUGCAGCACUUCAAGGUUACCAUCUUUGGGGAUCGUCGGCCAGUCUACGAUGGGAAGAGGAGCUUGUACACAGCCAACCCGCUGCCUGUGGCAACCGCAGGGGUGGAUCUGGACGUCACUCUACCAGGUGAGGGGGGCAAGGACCGGCCCUUUAAGGUCUCGAUCAAGUUUGUGUCCCUGGUGAGCUGGCACAUGCUGCACGAGGUGCUAACGGGCCGCAGCGUGCCUGAGCCCCUGGAGCUGGACAAGCCCAUCAGCACCAACCCAGUACACGCUGUGGAUGUAGUGCUGCGACACCUGCCCUCCAUGAAGUACACCCCGGUGGGUCGCUCCUUCUUCUCAGCCCCAGAGGGCUACGACCAUCCUCUGGGAGGGGGGAGAGAGGUGUGGUUUGGUUUCCACCAGUCUGUACGUCCCGCCAUGUGGAAGAUGAUGCUCAAUAUUGACGUUUCUGCCACGGCCUUCUAUAAAGCCCAGCCUGUGAUCCAGUUCAUGUGUGAGGUCCUGGACAUCCACAACAUAGACGAGCAGCCCCGACCUCUCACAGACUCCCACCGGGUCAAGUUCACCAAAGAAAUCAAAGGUCUGAAGGUAGAGGUGACACACUGUGGAACCAUGCGGAGGAAGUACCGCGUUUGCAACGUAACUCGGCGGCCCGCCAGCCAUCAAACGUUCCCUCUGCAGCUGGAGAAUGGUCAAACGGUGGAACGCACGGUGGCCCAGUACUUCAGAGAGAAGUACAGCCUGCAGCUCAAAUAUCCCCACCUGCCCUGCCUCCAGGUUGGUCAGGAGCAGAAACACACCUACCUGCCCCUGGAGGUGUGUAACAUAGUAGCAGGGCAGCGCUGCAUCAAGAAACUGACAGAUAAUCAGACGUCCACUAUGAUCAAAGCCACGGCUCGCUCUGCACCUGACAGACAGGAGGAGAUCAGCCGGCUGGUGCGUAGUGCCAACUACGAGGCUGACCCCUUUGUGCAGGAGUUCCAGUUCAAGGUGCGCGACGAGAUGGCCCACGUGACUGGGCGCGUGCUGCCCGCCCCCAUGCUGCAAUACGGCGGCAGGGUGAGCACAGAGCACUUUAUGAACCGGACAGUGGCCACCCCAAGUCACGGGGUGUGGGACAUGAGGGGCAAACAGUUCCACACGGGAGUAGAGAUCAAGAUGUGGGCCAUCGCAUGUUUCGCCACACAGAGGCAGUGUCGCGAGGAGAUCCUCAAGGGUUUCACAGACCAGCUGCGUAAGAUCUCCAAGGAUGCUGGGAUGCCCAUCCAGGGCCAGCCGUGUUUCUGUAAAUACGCCCAGGGAGCCGACAGUGUGGAGCCCAUGUUCAGGCACCUGAAGAACACCUACUCUGGACUGCAGCUCAUCAUCGUCAUCCUGCCCGGAAAGACUCCCGUCUACGCGGAGGUGAAGAGGGUGGGAGAUACUCUCCUAGGAAUGGCCACUCAGUGUGUCCAGGUGAAGAACGUGGUGAAGACGUCCCCCCAGACCCUCUCCAACCUCUGCCUUAAGAUCAAUGUCAAGCUGGGGGGUAUCAACAAUAUCCUGGUGCCUCACCAACGACCCUCAGUAUUCCAGCAGCCAAUCAUCUUCCUGGGGGCGGACGUUACACACCCCCCUGCUGGAGACGGGAAGAAGCCCUCCAUCGCUGCAGUGGUCGGCAGUAUGGACGCCCACCCCAGCAGGUACUGUGCCACAGUGAGGGUCCAGAGGCCCAGGCAGGAGGUGAUCCAGGAUCUGGCCUCUAUGGUCCGAGAACUGCUGAUCCAGUUCUACAAGUCGACCCGCUACAAGCCCACCAGGAUCAUCUUCUACAGGGACGGAGUGUCAGAGGGCCAGUUCAGACAGGUGUUGUACUACGAGCUGCUGGCCAUCCGCGAGGCCUGCAUUGGCUUAGAGAAGGACUACCAGCCCGGCAUCACCUACAUCGUGGUCCAGAAACGCCACCACACCCGCCUCUUCUGUGCCGACCGCAACGAAAGGGUUGGACGUAGUGGAAACAUUCCUGCUGGCACCACGGUGGACACGGACAUCACGCACCCCUACGAGUUUGACUUUUACCUCUGCAGUCAUGCUGGAAUACAGGGCACCAGUCGGCCCUCCCACUACCACGUCCUGUGGGACGACAACUGCUUCACGGCCGACGAGUUCCAGCUGCUCACCUACCAGCUGUGCCACACCUACGUGCGCUGUACCCGCUCCGUCUCCAUCCCUGCGCCAGCCUACUACGCCCACCUGGUGGCCUUCCGUGCUCGCUACCAUCUGGUGGACAAGGAGCACGACAGUGCGGAGGGCAGCCAUGUCUCUGGGCAGAGUAACGGUCGGGACCCCCAGGCUCUGGCCAAGGCGGUGCAGAUUCACCACGACACGCUGAGGACCAUGUACUUCGCCUGAGCACCACCCCACACCACCACCACCGCACUUAAAACACACACACACCCCCUGCCUGCCAGUCAAGGAGGGUUGCAGCCCCCCACAACCAAUCAAUCCGGACCUGACACUGUGUAGAGGGGGGGUGGGGGAAGCCCCCCGCAAUGGACUGAGGAUGCAGACAGACGAUGCUUUAAAACAAGAGAGGAAGAACUUGGCACUAUUAUGCAAUAUUAAACCAGCCCGCUGCUUUUCCUGUCCUGGGCACCCUAACUCCGCCCCCACCUCCUCCAGGCCCUCCCUCCUUUUCUCCGGUCAUGAAGGAGAUCUGUGGUUUUGAUUCCGAAUGUGUAUGGUCGACGUUGCAGAAUUCAUUCCCUUUCGUCAUCAUGCCUUUUACCUCAACUCAGUUUAACGGCAGCAGUUUGUUAGUUCUGUUUUGACUUUUCUUUAUCAAAGGUUGAGAAGAAGAAAAAGAUGAGGAGUUUGAAGGGUGGAUCUUGAUCUGUGCAGAACUAUCACGGCGCACCAGCUUGCCACUUAUUUUCCUCUCCAUCUUUUUUUUUGCCAAUGGUGACUUAUCAAAAGUGUGAACGUGUCAAUGGACACUGUGUACAAGGAGACAACACAAGCUCUUAUUUUGAGCACAGUGCCACCUGGAGUCUGAACGGUGUAAAUGCUCUCUUCAAAAGUCCCAACCUGUCUGGGGAAUAAGCUAUGAUGCUAAUCAUAUGAUUUCUUACUCGUUAUCAUUUGACUUGAACCAAUAAGUGAUGUGCGUAUACAGUGGCACACAUCCAUAGAGGGUAAUACAAUGAUAUCAAACCCUAGGUCAGUCCCAGUCCCCUAUGACAUAGGUCUAAUGUGCUGUCACAUCAACAUUGCAAUGUGACCCUGUUUUGAAUUUUCUUUCCUGUACAUCAUGUUUGAUAUUUAAGAUGCUUGUUAUUUUUUUUACCAUUCUUUCCAGUAUUUAUUAGUACGCUCAAGAUAUAGUAAUUUAAUGAGACAAGCAUUUAUUUCUGCAUUCUUUCAUGCUAUCUGCUCUCUUGCAUUUUAAUUUUGUUGUGUAAGAUCCUAAAUUGAAUGACAGAUCAUGUUGCUUUCCUCUAGUGCAAUAAUAUUUUAGCUGAGGGAAGGAAGCAUCUUCUAGAGGAUACGACUUGAAUGUCUGGAAGUCUGUAGCGGUGAGUUACGAGAAUGUUCUAGAACCCAGAUCUCUUACGAGAGCACUUACCCCGUUGCUCCUCUUUAUGAAGGGAGUAUCGGGGGGUUCAGAGGUCUAAGGGUUGUGCGUUAUGAGUUAGAAAUCAAGUGCCUGGUUUUGGAAAUGAACGGUUAAAUUGAGGUUGUACGGAUGGAUUAUGACGUGGCGGUCCUAGCUUUCAAAAUGUAUUCGAACAAGGAAGUUAAAGGGCAAAGUUUAGCUGGAGAAGUUGACUUCAAGCUACAUUUUGCCUCAUUUUUGACAGAAGUUGCAUCACAUUGAAAUCAUUGCGAUAGAAAAUAUAUAAUGUGUGUGUGUGUGAGUUUCUCCUAUCGUCUUUGCCUAAUAGCAGCGGUAUUUUAGCAGAUCAAGUCGUGCUGCACUCUGCCUCUAUCCUCAUCAGACAUGGAUCUAGCUGCUUUAUCUACAUGUACUCAAGGUGACUAAGAAUCGAGGCAUGCCUCAGUCAUGAGCAGCAGGAGAGCGAAGCUGACAAAUUCAUUUUCCCAUAUAACUGACCAUCCAAACCAAAUAGUAGCUAGCUGUCUUCUAGAGUCAACAGUUCGAUGAAUCUUGGAAGUCCGGGAGACUGAGCGAGUGACUUGUGUGGUCGCUGCUUAGCUCCUAUGUGCUCUGUGACAUGAGGCAUGCCUAGUGGUGUUCAAAAGAGAGACAAUUAUCUGCACUAAAAUAAGUGUGUGUUGGACCGAACACAUGCCUCUGGUGCUGUGGGGGGGGGGAAUUACCGUUGGGAGGUUUACCGUAGUAAUCCUCCCAAUGAAGUAGACGAGAGGGUCUGUGUUAUGUGGGGCACUGUAGGGAUUUCUCGUCCUAACUGUUAGUUGGAAACGGUUGCCGUUUGAGAAUCUCUUGUUUUGACAGUACAAUGAUACAGUUCUCAAGGCAAGGACUGCCCCAAUAGGUGAACGGUAGUGAGGGCCAAUGGUAGAAUCCUGUGUCCCCCCUAUAGUUGCGUUUGACUGCCUUCCCAACUCUAGCCUUCCCCUGGCUGGAAGCCAAUGAGUUUGAGCCUUCAUGAUCUUCACUAGUGUCCAAAAAGCCUUUUUCAAAAGCCAGAUUGGAAGAAGUAACUUAUAUAUGUACAUUUCACAUUAUUGUAAUGCACACACCACUUAUUUUUGCUAACAAAAAAAUCAAACCUAUGUAGUUGUUUAGUUAUUCAUCAUUAAAUGGUAAUAAAAUAUGCAGAGUUUUUGAUAAUGCAAUAGACUGUUGUUGACUCGUGGCAAUGUAUAACAUUAUUUGUGUAUUUUGGCGUGCGUACAGUGGCGGUAGCUCUAUUUCGACAUGUAACGUGUGUCUGGGUUGUUAUACUGUUAUGGAUCGGGAUGUGGUGGACUUCUAUAAGUAAGAGGUGCUUGUAUUUCUGUCACUCUUGGCAGCUGUUGACAGCUCCUCCCUGUUGUCAAAGAAUACAAAUAAAUCAUCAGACUUAGAGCAUUGUAAGAGCAUUGUUCUGAUCCUGCCUGAUCGUCUUUCUCAGGCGAGGGGAGAGCGGGAGAAACCGGGGCUUGUCAAAGUGUUGUAGACCCACCUUUAAAAAGAUGUAGUUGAUUAAAGAAUGAGAUGAUUACCUUGACUGGUCAUCUUGAACGUUUAGUACCAAUGUGGCCCGCGGUGUUUUAGGUUAAGCCUUGUGGGUUAUGAGGCCCCUUAAAGGCCAAGUUGCUUUUCUCCUUUCUCCUAGCGCAACCACGGGCACUUCUUGUGCUCAGAAAUACAAAGCCUUAAGGCCUCCAGUAAGUCUGCAAUGUGACAAAGUAUAUAAUCUAAUUUAGUUUUUUCCACUUUCUCCUUACUUUUGAUUCCCGUUGCCAGAGGACUACAUUCCAUAGCCUGUAGAUCUGCCAUCAGAUUCCCCUGAGACCUAAGUGGAGAAAAUAUGGAAGACUAGAGGACAGAAGAAGUUAAGUUUGCUCUGUAAAUGUAUGAUCCAAUGGUGUCUUGGAUCAGUUUGUUAGUGUUGUGCUUGGUUGGUAAAGAUUCGUUUUUUUUUGUUAGAUGGGUUUUUUGUGCAUGUGGCUGGUUCUGGUGUAUGUAAAGUGAGAAGUAGGGCUAAAUGACAUUUGAGGGAGGUGGUGUGUAUGGAUCAGUACAUGGUUUAGCAAGCGACAAGCGUAGUUAUCAUCCAAGACAUGAUGAUGAACGUCAAGGACUGUAUAGAACAUUCUGAUUUUCCUGGGCAGAAGAACACAUGUUUACAUAUAGCAGAUGUGUUUGCCUAACAUCCUUACGUUACAAUUCGCUAAAUCGUCAACGUUUUUCAGAUGUUCGUUUGUAUGUUAAGCAUUUUUUUGUUGUUGCAUAGUUUAUAGAUAUUUAUGAGCAAGGCCUUUCUAGUUCUUAAACAUCACCCCAGAGUUUGCUAUACUCUAUGGAAAAGUAGCUAUGUGUGUUCAUUCCAUUGCCUGUGACGCACAGAUAUACUGGAUUUUGAGUUGUAUGUUCUUUUCGGUGCGGAAGGUAAAUCUGGCAGAGUGAAGAAGUCCACAGAAAGUGCCUUUCUUUAUGGUGGUGCUGUAAAACAAAAGUCAAAUGGCAAAUGAAAAAGACGUCAUCUCAUUUUUCUUUGAAAAAAAAAAGAUGCAUUGCAAUGCAGAAACACAUGCGUUUAUGCACAGUACACACACACAUGCACGCAUACCAAGAUGCAUACUGCAGACACGCAGUCUGUUUUAUUAAAGACGGAGUAUAUGAUUGUGGUUGAGCGUUCACUUAGUGGUGCAUUUUGAGUUUGGACCAAUCGACUCGGUUGGUUGGUACAGUGGAACUUGCGUUGACAAGCGAGGUCAUAGUUAAAACCGAUGUGUGUGUGACAGCCUGGUCCACGAAUGACGAACAUAGCACAGCACUUUAUAGACUGCCACUCUCACUCGGACACAAAGCCACAAGGUUUUCUGUCUUUGUUCCUCCUCCAAUCCCCGCCUCCCAGAUACAGUGGAGUGUCGAGGACUUGUUAUUAUGUGCUUGAGGAGAUUUUCCUCCUCUGGGAAAGGGAAUUGGAUUACGACACCAAACGAAACGGUUGCAAUCGCUACUAAGUGGUCAUUUAAAGGUGUGCCUCCAACUCAUGUGACGCCGCUGAUGAUGACUGUCAGCCUGCGUUUUGUGGUUUCUCCUUAAUCUGAAACCACAAACGGUUUUGAAGUGUUCCAAAGUAAGGCAUCCAUAUUAGGAUGUCGGCAGUUGUCUGGCCCAUGGCAUUCUCUCAUCCUUGUGCAAUGCCUCGCCCUGCCAUGUGUCUGUCUUGUACCUAAUGGAAGGAUAGUGGGCCUACUUUCAUUGGGGUUUUGGGGCAGUUCGGCUGUGGAAUAAGACUGUAUGAGUCAUUUGGGGUACCCGUCAGUCCAGGGGGGUGAUACCUUUUACAAGAGAUUAAAAAACAAUGCGCCUCACUUACCUUUUGUAUGCUGCAUAUGUUAUACUACAUGAGAGGAAAAACUGCAAAUAUUGCUUUGGUUAUUACAGUAUAAUGCUUGAUUAAUACCUGAUUAUGAUAUUCUCAUAACUGUUUUAGAGACGGAAGUAUAACUAAGAUAUUCUCUUGUUUAGUUUUUUUUGUUGUCUUAACACUUAUCUGACUUGAGCCGAACAUUUAAUUUUGUCGUCCUAUUUAAAUGUUCUUUUUAAUAUAUAUAUAUUGCAAAAUAUUUUAUGCUGUAUUUAUGGAGUGCAUAAACGAGCAGCUAGCUAGAGUCUCCGCAACAUUGGCAGCAUGGUGGAGGUGGAGCUAGGGGACGAGGCCUUAAACCCCCCCUCCAUGUUGAAGCCUUAUCCUCCCCAAACACGCAAGCACAGCAACGUGGUGGUGGGCGGACAGAGGGGCACAGUUGAGCAGGGGCAUCUGUUUUAAAUUGGGUAUUAAUUGUAGACCCCUGCGUUUUAGCUUUCUGUUAGGUUCCUCGUGAAGGGAAGAGGCCUUCUCAUAUGUCCUCAUCACCUUAUUGUACACUCUAGUCCCUCUCUCCUCCCCGGUUCUCUCCUCCCCGGUUCUCUCCUCCCAUCCUGAUGAGCACACUCCCACCCACCACUCCCACACGUUGCAUCUCAUCUCUGUAGGGGUAGGGAAACUUCACUGAACCACACGGACUGAGCUGAGCCUUGUAAAACCUGACUUCCUCAUCCAGAGCUGCUAAUAUGUUAGCCAUGUAAACUCCUCUGGCCUGGUGGAGUACAGGUGGGUGAAAAUAGAGGAGAGAAAAGGAGGGAUGGAUGGUGCUAAGGCAGAGGAUGUUAGGUGUGGCUUCUGUCCUUUCAUGUCUCCUCUGUGGAGUUUUUUUCCUUGUGCCAGAGACUUUUACACAGUAACGAGUAGAGACUAAAGUCCCAUUCCACUCAAAUGCAAGCCUCCGCCUUAAGUGUGUUCUUACUUCGUUGGUGGGCUUUAAUUACAACUACAGAAUGCCUGAGUUGAGUACAAAAAAAGGCCCAACUCCAAAAUGGCAUCCUCGUGUUUCUUUUCAAACCACUAACAGUGCUACAGUAGUUGGUGAGCCCCAACGUACAAAAGUGUAUGUUUCCCCACGUGUAUGGAUGUAAGAACAGGAGCCCGAGGGUUCUGUGUGCUGUACUUAGACUUGUACCUGUGUAACGAAUCAAGGUGUUGUAAUAAUGAGUUGCUGUUCUGUUUGCCCACUGUCCGUUAGUCGUUCCCACCUCACUCUAGGGUCAGAGGCAUGGAGCUUUGAAGGGGUCGUCAACCCUGUUCAGAACUUCAAUAGGCUUUUUCUACCUAUUACCCACA